AUGGCAGAAGAGCCAAAAAAGAUAUCAUUCGGUUUCACAAAAAUAAAAAAACAGGUAGCACUUUUGCCGAAGAAGGAAGAAAAAGCAAUUCAAUUUAUAUCAUGUUUAGAAGAAAAUUCUAUAAAGCUUUUAAAUGGUGAAGAAAAAGAAAAAGAAUUGCCAAUAAUUCCAUUGCGAAAUGGAAACAUUCUUAGAGACAACAUGAUUGAAGCCUUGAAAGCGAGGAAGGAAAAAAAAGAACCUACAUCAGGUACAACAGAUAAUGUAAAAACUGAUGAAUCCAAAGAUGAUAUAGAAACAAAACCAUUGACUCUUGAUGAAUUAGCAGCCAAAGAAAUAAUGGAAGACUUGAAAAAGGUUAAUGAAACUGAAGAAAUUCAGGAAACUCUUACAAUACCCCAAACAGAAGCUGUGAAAGUAAGUGAAAAGGAAUCAACAUUGGAGGACUAUGACAGUAUGCCUGUGAAUCAGUUUGGAUUAGCUGUUCUGCGUGGCAUGGGUUGGAAACCAGAUAAAGGUAUUGGCAAAAAUGCUAAAAUAGUGGAACCAAUCAAUCCAGUACUGCGUCCUAAAGGAAUGGGCCUUGGAGCUGAUAAAGUGAUUCAAACUGUAAAAGCUGAAUCUAAAGAAGAAUUGGUUAUGAAAAAAGGUGCUUUCAUAAAAGUUAUAUCAGGUCAUAAUAAGGGCUUGUAUGGUAAAGUUGAAGGAUUUAAUGAUUUACCUGGUAGAAUCAUAGUUAGACUUGCUCUGCAAAAUGAUGUUAUUUCUAUUAGUGAAAAUCUUGUUGUCCUUGUUACAUCUAGUGAGUAUAACAAAAAUUCCAAGAUACUCAAUUUAAAAGAGUAUAACGAUUUUGUUGAUAAAAAACCGUUGCCUGCUUCCAGUGAAAGAAAAGAUAAAGCACCAGAAGGGGAUUUUAAGAAACAUAACAGAUUAGAAGAUGAUAGAAAUUCUAAAUUAGAGCACAAAAACUUUGAUUCUUAUAGAAACAGAGGAAGAAAAAAGGCCGAUGAUAUUUCUAAAUAUAAAAAUAUACGUGGUAAAAAUAGCUCAUCAGAGUCUGAUUCUGAUGGAAGGACGAGACAUAAAAGUGACAAAUACAAGUCUAAGAAAAGCACUAAGUAUGAUAAAGUUAGUGUAGAUACUGAAUCUUCUGAUUCUGUCUCUUCUGAUGACAGAAAAAAGUCAAAAUCAAAAAAACAUCGUAAACAUAGUUCUAGGCGUAGGUCUAGGAGUCGAAGUAGAACUCAUAAGAAAAAAAAGAAAAGAAAUCACAGAAGUAGAUCAUAA